AUUUCUCCAGUUUCUCCAUUCUCCUAUUUCUUGUUAAAAACUUUAAUAUUAAGUUAUUUAAAAAGAGCUUAUAUUCGUUUAUGUUUAAUUGUUUAAACAAGUAUCAGUGACUUUUACGCAAAUGCAUACAUAUGUAUAUAGUGUGUGCUCGUAGAACCGAAAACACUACAGACGACUGACGUCGCAGUGAUAAAAGAUAUUUCUCGACACAAUUAAUCUGUGGUACAAACUUUAUGUUCUUUUGUAAAUUAAGUAUUCGUCACCACCAAAAGGUUUGUUUUCGGUGUUUCUAACACAAAACAAUCCUACCUAUUUGAACUUAUUGCAAAUAUAAAUGCAGAGCUAAAGAUAGGCUUUGCAUUAACAUAUUCAACAUGUGGAUUUGGGAAUACUUCAUAAAUUGGCGAAAACGUGAAAAACGUAUAAAGGCUCUCAGCGAGCCCGUUGUUAAAUAUGGGAUUGGCGCUGCUGCAUUCUGUGCGUUGUACUUGAUUUUUGGUUAUGGUGCUCAGCUGCUGUGCAAUACAAUUGGCGUGGCCUAUCCUGCUUAUAUCUCCAUACAUGCCAUAGAGUCGAGUACAAAAUUGGACGAUACCAGAUGGUUAAUUUACUGGGUGACUUAUGCCUUAUUGUCAUUGAUUGAAUACUUCUCUGGCUUCCUUACAUCUGUCAUACCUUUUUACUGGUUGCUUAAGUGCGCAUUCUUGAUUUGGUGUAUGCUGCCAAUCGAAAGGAAUGGUUCCUUCGUUAUCUAUCACAGCGUCGUACGUCCAUAUUUUCUGAAGCACCACCGAGCUGCUGAUGAAUUUAUCGAUAAAGUGGCUGCAAAGGCAAAGGACUCUAUUCAUAGUAUCACCAAGCAAGAAUAAAUUUUUAAAAGCAAUUCGCAGCAUUACUUUUUACUUGAUGUGAUUGCUUGCGUAUCAUAAAAACGUAAACAAACGGAAUAGAAAAUAAAUAUUGAACUACAGCUUGAAGAUAGAAACAUCAGGAAAAUGUAUGAAACAAAGACAGAAACUGCAAUGAACAAAGUCCAAGUACACUUAGUAACAUUUCCUCAUAUAUGGCGUCGCGGAGUUUCUGAGUCCACAUCUUUUAAUUAAAAUAAAUCACAAAUCAAAUUUUUA